UUUCACUUCCCGCUGACGUCAUUUUCCAUAUACUUACAUAAAGAGAAGCGUUAUUUGAGCGUUAUUCUCCAUAACUUCCACCUAUUUAUAUCACACACACAAGUGCAUAAAUAUUUUGUGUUGAUUUCUUUUAAAUUACAAGUUUUAAGUUGACUGUCGUAUCUUUUGUAUGUAGCGUCCGAUCUGUUAAACUUCGUCGCGAAGCUCGCGAGUUAGGACGUAAACAUGCAAAUGCAAGAAACAGAAGGAGCGGAUGGAUCACCAUGGAAUAAUUCCAGCGGUUGUGACGAGGAACGUCGACCAACUCAAAAGGAGGGUAAAAAAUCAAACAUAUUACCGCUAUGGGGUAAUGAAAGGACUAUGAAUUUAAAUCCACUAAUUCUGACGAAUAUACAAUCGUCGCAUUAUUUCAAAGUGAAUUUGUACGAACUGAAAACAUACCAUGAGGUGAUCGAUGAAAUUUAUUACAAAGUGUCGCAUUUGGAACCAUGGGAGAAAGGAAGCAGAAAAACGGCGGGUCAAACAGGCAUGUGUGGAGGCGUUCGUGGUGUUGGUGCUGGUGGAAUUGUUUCGACGGCUUAUUGUCUCCUAUAUAAACUAUUCACCUUGAGGUUAACACGGAAACAAUUGAAUGGUCUUAUCAAUCAUCCUGAUUCACCGUAUAUAAGAGCACUAGGAUUUAUGUAUAUCAGAUAUACCCAACCACCAGCUGAUUUAUUUAGUUGGUAUAGCGACUAUUUAGAAGACGAAGAAGAAUUAGACGUUAAAGCUGGAGGUGGUCAAGUAAUGAAAAUGGGUGAUAUUCUCAAACAAUUUCUAACUAAAUUAGAAUGGUUUUCAACGCUAUUCCCAAGGAUACCAGUGCCUAUACAAAAAGAACUUGAACAUCGAUUAGCAGAAAGGUUUCCGCAACAAUCUAUGAAUGCUAGAAACGCAAAGCCACCUAUCACAUUAAAUAGUCAUGGAAAAUAUAGUAAUACCAGUAAUAGAAAAGAUAAUGGUAACAUUAUGCCACGAAAUCAACCUAGACAUAUCCCCGACAGUGAAGCUCAGUGGGGCGAGGCAGAGAGAACAAGCCACUGGCGAGCCAGAUCUGACGAGGAUCGUAAGGAUAAGUACAGGGAACGCGAACGCGAACGAGAACGUACUAGAGAACGAGAAAGGGAUCGAACUCGAGAGAGAGACAGGGAAAGGGACAGACACUUCAGACGAUCGUCUAGCCGCGACAGAAGUCGAAGACAGAGGGAAUAUAGGAGUCGUAGCAAGGACAGAUCACACAGAGAUCGGAGUAGAGACCGUUACCGUGACAAAGAUCGUCAUCGGGAUAGGAGAGGCUCGCCGUACGACUAUGCCGCAGAGCUUGCUCGGGAAAGAGAGAGGCAACGAAGAGAAUGAAAAUGUAUGUUAACGUGUAUAUAUCGAUAUAAAUGUUUGUACGAGUGUAACUAUGGAGAUGAAAACGAUUUAGAGCCGAGCCAUCUGAACACCAUCGUUUUAAAAGAAAACUUACUCCGUUUGGAGUAGUAGCCUAAAUUUAAUUCGAUUAUAUUCACCUUGUAGUUUACAUGUUUUUAUAAAAUAAAUUCAUGAUUAUAAUUAU